AGCUGCUGCCCGUUCCUAGCUGGAGAAUGGCGGGGGUAGGACGCAAUCGGCGCCCUUUUACAUUUCUUCUCCUGGCUGGAUUCUGCAUCUCUAGCACCAUAUCUCUCUCGAUACCACCAUGUUCUUCGGUGCUCUCGCAUCUCCGAGCGUCCUUCGUUUCCCAUAUUCCUCCCCCCUCUUCACUUUCCCUAAAAGAAUGCCUCGCCUCUCAUCCUCUUUCGCUUCCGCAAGCGUGCCGGCUGAUACGUUACAAGACCCGAAACCGAAACCGAAACCUUGGCUUCUUGUCGGACUCGGCAACCCCGGCAAGAAAUACAAUGGGACCCGACACAAUGUGGGUUUUGAGAUGAUAGACGCGAUAGCUCAAGCUGAGGGGAUAUCUGUGGGCAGCAUUCAAUUCAAAGCUCUUUUUGGAAAAGGUUCUAUUGGAAAUGUUCCAGUUAUGCUUGUGAAACCGCAAACUUUCAUGAAUGCCAGCGGUGAGUCGGUUGGAUCUCUUGUUUCGUAUUUCAAAAUACCACUGAAUCAAGUGCUUCUGAUAUAUGAUGACCUAGAUUUACCUUUUGCGAAGUUGCGGCUAGUACCAAAAGGUGGACAUGGGGGCCACAAUGGGAUGAGAAGCGUCAUUGACCACUUGAAAGGAAGUCGUGAAUUUCCGAGGUUAAGGAUAGGUAUUGGACGGCCACCGGGGAAAAUGGAUCCUGUCAACUUUGUUAUUCGACCAUUCAACAGACAAGAACGCGAAGAGCUGGACUUCACCUUUCAGCAGGGAUUGGAAGCGGUGAGGAUUCUUGUGCUCGAGGGAUUUGAUAAAAGCGCAACAUUUGUCAACAGUGCAAAAUCUAUGAAUCUAAACAGCUGAAGUCCAACACGGGUGGUACUUCUCAACUCUUCAAUACUGAAUGAGGCACCAUUUUAAGGUGACCCUCUAUCAUCCAAUUACAAAUUUCUUUGGGUUUUCUUUUCCUUCUUCUUUUCAAUUUUCGUUUUGUUUAUUUUAUUUUAUUUUAUUUUGGGUUGGGGAAAGCCUCAACAGUGUAACAAUUUUUACAAGUGAUGAUGGCGAGAAUUUUGUAUGUAUGAGAAUGGGCUUAUAGCCAGAUAAUCAAAUGAACCUAGCAGUACAAUUGCAGCAUUUUUGUUUCA